AUGUCCCGAAGAGAAUCUGUCUCUGUUCUUGAUGCCGGAGAUGGAAUGUUCAAGACCCAUGUACAUCUCGACGACGUACAGAAAGUCAUCAAAGAUGAGCUGAACACCGAAGCUCAAUUGGGUCCAAAAACCAAGUACACCGUGAUUGGAGAUGGAAAUGGCUUCAUGAGCCGCGUUGUUCAUGUAGAACCCGAUUGGACUGUCAACGACGAGAAUCUUCCGAAGAAUUUUGUAUUGAAAAUCAACUCUGCCCAGCAUGUCCACACAUACGUCAAGAAACUCAAGGAUAGCUGGGUUGAUUUGAUCACACCCGAACAAGAAGCCGCAAUUUGGGAUAUGCUCGAAGGGGAAUCCAAAAUGUUGCACAAUCGCGAAGUGAACAUGUUAAAAAUUUUAAAGAAAUGGAACAGAAAGGACGAUAUCUUGAACCCUGACUUUUAUUUUUCACUCAAAUUUGAUGAUUCGAAUCCGUUAAAAGGAUUUAUGGGAAUGGAAAUGAUCGAGAAUUCCACUGUGCAUCAUAUAUACCAAAAUGCAACACCUGAAGAGCUUUACCCUGUAUUAAAAGCUCUCGCUACUCUGCAAGCUCUCAGCCUUGAUAUGACCCAGGAAGAUAUCGACUCUAUUCAAGGAUAUUCAUUCAAAAAAUUGAUGGGACCAAUGCUCAACGAGAAGGCUCAUAUCAUUUCGAUUGCAGCAAAACAACUCAAAUGUUUCAGUUUGUGA